AUGGGUCUUAACUUGGAAGAGCUCUAUGGUAAAGAUCUAAGUGAAGAGGCUCCCCAGGAGUACUCGGAAUAUCAACCUAAACAGGGCUAUGGCUGGGCCAACGCGCUGCCGGAACGGCAAGGUCUCUACGAUCCCGAAUAUGAAAAAGAUGCCUGUGGUGUAGGCUUCGCAGCUCACAUCAAGGGAAAAGCAAGUCACAAGAUUGUGAGCGAUGCGCGCAAUCUCCUGUGUAACAUGACCCACCGUGGAGCCGUAGGCUCAGACGCCCGAGACGGUGACGGCGCGGGUGUCAUGACCAGUAUCCCCCACAAGUUCUUUGUGAAGAAUUUCGCCCGGGAGGUCGGGGUCGAGCUUCCCCCAUUGGGACAAUAUGCUGUGGGCAACCUCUUCUUCAAGCCUGACGAGGAAGCACUCAAGCUGUCCAUUCAGAGCUUCGAGGAAUUGGCCACAUCUCUCGGUUUGCGUACGUUAGGAUGGCGUGAGGUGCCCCGGGACUCGACGAUCUUGGGCCCUGCUGCGCUCUCGCGAGAACCCAUCAUCAUGCAGCCGUUCGUAGUGUUGAAAUCAGCAUACGGGGACGGAAACAAGCCAGAGAUCACUGAUGUCGAGCAAUUUGACGAGCGAAACUUUGAGCUCCAGCUCUUCGUGCUCCGGAAGCGGGCUACUCACACCAUCGGCCUCGGUAACUGGUUUUACUUAUGCUCCCUGAGCAAUAGGAAUAUCAUUUACAAGGGUCAGUUGUCUCCCGUGCAGGUCUACACAUACUACCACGAUCUGGUCAACGUGGAUUACGAGGGCCAUUUUGCCUUGGUACACUCCCGAUUCUCCACCAAUACCUUCCCUUCAUGGGACCGCGCCCAACCCUUGCGGUGGGCCGCCCACAACGGUGAGAUCAACACUCUGCGGGGAAACAAAAAUUGGAUGCGCGCACGAGAGGGUGUGCUGCGCUCUGAGGUUUUCGGCGACGAACUGGACCAGCUCUACCCCAUUGUGGAGGAUGGUGGCUCGGACUCGGCCGCAUUCGAUAACGUGCUGGAGCUGCUCAUGAUUAACGGUGUUCUAUCCCUCCCCGAGGCGGUGAUGAUCAUGAUUCCAGAAGCUUGGCAAGAUAAUCCCGCUAUGGAUCCCGCCAAGUCCGCUUUCUACGAGUGGGCCGCCUGUCAGAUGGAGCCCUGGGAUGGUCCAGCACUGUUCACCUUCUCCGAUGGACGCUAUUGCGGUGCCAACCUGGAUCGUAAUGGAUUACGUCCUUGUCGAUUCUACGUCAUGGACGAUGACCGGAUCGUCUGUGCCUCGGAGGUCGGCGCUAUCGACAUCGAUCCUGAGAGAGUCGUACAGAAGGGUCGUCUUCAGCCUGGAAAGAUGCUGCUGGUUGAUACCGUGGCUGGACGCAUCAUCGACGACGCGGAGCUGAAGCAGACUGUCAGCCGUCGCCAGGACUUUGCGGGGUGGCUGGAUAAGGAGCUGUUGAAGCUCCCCGCUAUCAACAAAAUGCUGCUUGACUCCAAGGUUGAUCUUUCUUUCGCCUUGGAUGACAACACCAUCCAAAACGACCCCCGCCUCAGGGCAUUUGGAUACUCAUUUGAGCAAGUGAGCUUGAUUCUGGGCCCAAUGGCCGCAGACUCCAAGGAGGCCCUCGGAUCCAUGGGUAACGAUGCUCCAUUGGCUUGUAUCGCACCACAGCCUCGUCUGCUCUACGAGUAUUUCCGCCAACUCUUUGCUCAAGUCACCAAUCCACCCAUCGAUCCGAUUCGAGAGGCCGUCGUUAUGUCCCUCGAAUGCUACGUCGGCCCUCAGGGUAACCUGCUGGAGAUGGACUCUUCGCAAUGUCAUCGCCUUCUCCUGCCUUCACCAAUCCUGAGCAUCUCAGAGUUCAAUGCUUUGAAGAAUGUCAACCUGGCCCACAAGGAUUGGACCGUGUGCAUCAUCGAUAUUACAUUUGAGAAGAGCAAGGGCACUGCGGGUUACAUCGACGCGCUUGACUCUAUUUGUGAUGCUGCCACUGGGGCCAUCCAGAAUGGCGACAAGGUCAUCAUCUUGUCUGACCGUGCCACCUCUGCCGAUCGUGUUCCAGUCUCUGCUUUGCUAGCCACUGGUUUAGUUCACCACCACCUCGUGCGCAACAAGUGGAGAUCUCUUGCCGCUCUUGCGGUUGAGACCGCCGAAGCCCGUGAAGUCCACCACCACUGUGUGUUACUGGGAUACGGUGCUGAUGCCAUCAACCCUUAUCUCGCUUUGGAAUGUAUACUGAAGAUGAACCGCGAGAACCUGAUCCGCAAGGAUACGCCCGAUGAGAAGGUCAUUCAAAACUACAAGUCGUCCUGUGAUGGCGGUAUCCUCAAGGUCAUGAGUAAGAUGGGUAUCUCUACCCUCCAAUCAUAUAAGGGUGCCCAGAUUUUUGAGGCCCUUGGUAUCGACGAUAGCGUUAUCGAUCGCUGCUUUGCCGGCACCGCCAGUCGCAUUCGGGGUAUCACAUUUGACCUGAUUGCCCAAGAUGCUUUCGCUUUCCACGAGCGCGGAUUCCCCUCCCGCCCAAUUGUUGAAGUCCCAGGUCUCCCCGAAUCCGGCGAGUACCACUGGCGUGAUGGAGGUGAGGCUCACAUUAACGAUCCCACGAGUAUUGCCAAUAUUCAGGACGCUGUCCGCACCAAGAACGACAAGUCCUACGAAGCAUACGCCAAGUCUGCACACGAGCAAAUUAAGAACUGUACCUUGCGCGGAAUGCUCGACUUUGACUUUGAUCAACGCACACCUAUCCCCAUCGACCAAGUUGAGCCCUGGACCGAGAUUGUCCGUCGUUUUGUAACCGGCGCCAUGUCUUAUGGAUCUAUCUCUAUGGAAUCCCAUUCUACUUUGGCUAUCGCUAUGAACCGCCUUGGUGGAAAGUCAAACACAGGAGAAGGUGGUGAAGAUGCCGAGCGCAGCAAUCGCAUGGAGAACGGAGACACCAUGCGGUCUGCCAUCAAGCAGAUUGCCUCUGGUCGUUUCGGUGUUACAUCAAACUAUCUUUCUGACGCGGACGAGCUACAAAUCAAGAUGGCCCAGGGUGCUAAGCCCGGUGAGGGUGGUGAGCUCCCCGGUCACAAGGUCGUUGGUCCCAUUGCUCGCACUCGCUUCUCUACUCCGGGAGUCGGUCUUAUCUCCCCUCCUCCUCACCACGACAUCUACUCGAUUGAAGACUUGAAGCAGCUUAUUUACGACCUGAAGUGCUCCAACCCCCGUGCUAGAAUCUCCGUUAAGCUUGUCUCGGAGGUCGGUGUUGGUAUCGUUGCCUCCGGUGUGGCCAAAGCCAAGGCUGAUCACAUUUUGAUCUCUGGUCACGAUGGUGGCACUGGUGCUUCCCGAUGGACCGGUAUCAAGUAUGCAGGUCUUCCAUGGGAGCUUGGUCUGGCCGAAACCCAUCAAACUCUUGUGCUGAAUGAUCUUCGUGGACGUGUUGUUGUCCAAACAGACGGCCAAAUUCGCACUGGUCGAGACCUCGCCGUUGCCUGUCUCCUUGGUGCCGAAGAAUACGGUUUUGCUACAACUCCAUUGAUCGCUAUGGGCUGUAUUAUGAUGAGAAAGUGCCACCUGAACACUUGCCCUGUUGGUAUUGCAACCCAGGAUCCCGAGCUGAGGAAGAAGUUCCAGGGCACGCCGGAACACGUGAUCAACUUCUUCUACUACGUCGCCAACGAGAUGCGGGCCAUCAUGGCCAGACUGGGCGUUCGCUCGGUUAAUGAGAUGGUUGGUCGGGCUGAGCUGCUCAAGGUCCGAGACGACAUUCGGAAUGAAAAACAGCAACGCGUUGAUUUAUCGCUGAUCUUGACUCCUGCUCACUCACUUCGUCCCGGAGUCGCUACUUACAAUGUCCGCAAGCAGGACCACCGCCUUCACGUUCGCCUGGACAACAAGUUGAUUGCUGAAUCAGAGCUUGCUCUGGAGAAGGGUCUGCCUUGCCGCAUCGAGUGCGAUGUUGUCAACACCGAUCGAGCUAUGGGUGCCACUCUUUCCUACCAGAUCAGCAAACGUUACGGCGAGGCUGGUUUGCCUCAGGAUACUGUUCACGCUAACAUCAAGGGAUCUGCCGGUCAGUCCUUUGGUGCGUACCUUGCUCCUGGUGUGACUCUUGAGCUAGAGGGUGAUGCCAACGACUACGUCGGCAAGGGUCUUUCUGGUGGUCGUCUCAUUGUAUACCCUCCUCGUGGCGCAUCUUUCAAGGCCGAGGAAAACGUCAUUGUCGGUAACACCUGUCUGUAUGGAGCCACACGAGGCGCUUGCUACUUCCGUGGUCUGGCUGCUGAGCGUUUUGCUGUCCGCAACUCCGGUGCUACAGUUGUCGUCGAGGGUGUCGGUGACCACGGAUGUGAGUACAUGACCGGUGGUCGUGUACUUGUUCUGGGUCCUACUGGCCGCAACUUCGCUGCAGGUAUGUCUGGUGGUAUCGCCUACAUCCUGGACAAGAACCAAGACUUCCACUCCAAGGUCAACUUGGAGAUGGUUGAAGUCUCAGGUAUCGAAGAUCCAUCCGAGAUUGCCUUUGUCCGUGGUCUGAUCGAAGAUCAUCAUCACUACACUGGCUCUGAGCUGGCCGCUCGAAUUCUGCUUGACUUUACCCGCGCCCUUCGACACUUCGUCAAGGUUCUUCCUAUUGACUACAAGCGUGUCAUGGAAGAGGAGGCUGCCAAGGCUGAGGCCGCGAAGAAGGCCGAGUUCUCUCUGCCUCGUCUUCCUAGCGCCCCUGUCAAGGCCGAGAAGCCAAAGGCCGACGAUGCUCACAAAGCUGAAUUGCUGGAUAUUGAAGACAGCAUCAGCGACUCAAAGGCUGAGAAGAAGCGAUCGGCGCUGAUCCUCGACAAAACCAGAGGUUUCAUGAAAUACAGCCGGCGCAGUGAGAAAUACCGCAACGCCACUACCCGUACUCGCGAUUGGGGUGAAAUUUCCAACCGCCUGAGUGAGGACGAGCUCAAGUUCCAGUCGGCUCGUUGUAUGGACUGCGGUGUUCCGUUCUGCCAAUCUGAUACUGGUUGCCCCAUCUCCAACAUUAUCCCCAAGUGGAACGAAUUGGUUUUCCAGAAUCAAUGGCAAGAGGCUCUUAACCGCCUACUCAUGACCAACAACUUCCCUGAGUUUACUGGGCGUGUCUGCCCUGCUCCCUGUGAAGGAUCUUGCGUAUUGGGUAUCAAUGAAGACCCUGUCGGUAUCAAGUCUAUUGAGUGCGCGAUUAUUGAUCGCGGAUUUGAGAUGGGUUGGAUGGUCCCUAAUCCCCCGAAGACCCGAUCUGGGAAGACAAUUGCAGUCAUCGGAUCCGGUCCUGCCGGCAUGGCCGCUGCUGACCAGCUGAACCGUGCUGGUCACAGCGUCACCGUUUACGAGCGUGCCGAUCGCAUUGGCGGUCUUCUUAUGUAUGGUAUCCCCAACAUGAAGCUCGACAAAAAGGUUGUCCAGCGUCGUGUUGAUCUAAUGGCUGCCGAAGGCAUCAAAUUUGUCACUGGAACUGCCGUUGGACCCGACUCCGAGGUUACUCUGCAAUCCCUGCGCGCCACCAACGACUCUGUCAUCAUUGCCACGGGUGCUACUGUCGCUCGUGACCUCAAGGUUACCGGUCGUGAGCUUGAUGGUGUUCACUUUGCCAUGCAAUUCCUGCACAAGAACACUAAGUCCCUUCUCGACUCUGGGCUCUCAGACGGUGAAUAUAUUUCCGCCAAGGACAAGCACGUCGUUGUUAUUGGCGGUGGUGAUACUGGUAAUGACUGCAUCGGUACCUCCGUCCGUCACGGCGCCAAGUCAGUUACCAACUUUGAGCUCCUGCCUCAGCCACCUCCAGAGCGUGCCGGUGAUAAUCCAUGGCCCCAAUGGCCUCGCAUCUACCGCAUCGACUACGGUCACACUGAGGUCAAGACUCACAUGGGUAAAGACCCGCGCGAGUACUGUGUCAUGUCAACUGAAUUUGUUGACGAUGGAAGCGGUCGUGUGAAGGGCAUCAAUACCGUGCGUGUUGAGUGGACCAAGAGCUCUACAGGCGGUUGGGACAUGAAGACUGUCGAAGGCAGUGAGCACUUCUUCCCUGCAGAUCUCGUUCUCCUCUCCAUGGGCUUCCUGGGUCCUGAAGAUCGUCUUCUUGGUGAAGAUAUCGAGCGUGACCCCCGCAAAAAUGUCAAGACUCCCCCGGGUCACUAUUCGACCAACAUCCCUGGAGUCUACGCUGCAGGUGAUUGCCGCCGUGGACAGUCCCUUAUUGUUUGGGGUAUCAACGAAGGACGACAGUGUGCUCGCGAGGUCGACGCUUUCCUCAGCGGUACCAGCUCCCAGCUCCCAGUGACUGGCGGUAUUGUUCGUCGUCCCGCCAUUGACUCUGUUCCCCAACCCACCGAGGUUGUCGCCUAA